UGUAUCCAGAUCAAUAUGGCGUGGGGGCUACCAAAGCUACCGGGGCUGACGUUCUCAGACCCCACCAAGACACAGUUCCACCUGUACCCGUCCCUGAAGUUACAACAGGGCUAUCGGUUCCCUGACAUGAAGGUCCGUGGUCCAGGAGGCACAGACACUGACGUCGACAGCAACGCCUUUGCUCAACCUGAGGAUUCCGUAAAUUACGACCCAUCUCUAACAUACGGGCGUGUAAAGCAAGCGGCCCUACCCGCUGUCAUACCGCAUUGGGUGACCUACGACAAGCGAUGCCUCAACUUCACGGCGUUCUUCAAACAAGGUGUAUAUGACAGCCCCGUCGAGACCUACCGAGUGCGUCUUGUCAACAUCAUAUACUUCCUCGAAGAUGAUUCUAUGACGGUCAUGGAGCCACGCGUCAGGAACUCCGGAAUAUGGCAAGGUAGACUGGUGAAGAGGGGCAAGAUACCUAAGAACGAUUUGGGCGAAUACUGGCAUUGGAAGGACCUAGACGUCGGCAAAGACAUCUGCAUCUACGGAAAGGUCUUCCAUACGUGCACCUGUGACCUCUAUACCAGGGAAUGGCUCGAGUCUCAAGGCAUAGAGUUGUCGAAGGAGGAGGAGAUCCCUCAGGACCCUUACUCACAAAAGGAGUUUUGGAAGUCGCAGCCCAUCCCCAAGAAGCCCAAAGCCAAGGAAGACACCCUCAGGCGCUUCCUGGAAUACGAUGGAAAAGUUCUCGCGUUCGACGUGGUGUGGGACGAUCGUGACUCGUUCCUGGGACAAUUGGGCAAAUACAAACUGUUUUACUACUUGCAAGACGACAGGAUCGCCAUAAAGGAACUUCACGAUGGACAGGGCGGCAAAGACCCCUUCCCUUUACUUCUGAAGAAGAUGAAACUACCCAAGAAGUGGAAGGAGAAGCCAGUCACUUUCCCAUCGAUCGUGAUGGAGAUAUCUGAAGAGGAGGUGACGGAGUACUACGCGCCGAUAGACCUGAUCAUCGGAGAGACGAUCUACGUGCUCGGGCGACGGUUCCUCAUCUACGAUUGCGACGCAUUCACCAGGACUUACUACAAAUCGAUGUUAAAUAUAGAACAGCCUCCGCCUAUUGACAUCCCUCACGCUCCUAAGAAGGAGUUUAAGAGGAGGUUCCCGCCUCACAUCGGCAUCGGGUCGCCGGAGGACACCCUGCAGUCCUGCUUCGGACUCAUCCCUAAGCCUCCGUUCAAGGACCUCAUCAGAUACAACCUGAAUGCUAACAAGUACCUGCGGUACCUGUGCGAAUUGGAGUACAUCCACCCGGAGGACGAGGGUCGCAAGUUCGUGCUGGCGUACAGCCUGGCCGACGGCACCGUCAAGAUCGGAGAGAUACCCCGCCGCAACUCCGGCAUCAUCGAGGGGAAGUUUCUACAGGCGAUGCGCCUGCAACUUCCGGAUUCAGACCCCAACUUCCCGACCUACUACACGCCAGACAAGUUUUAUAUCGGCGCGGUGAUUCCGGUUUUCAAGCACCGCUUCAAGAUCGUCGGGUGCGACCUGUACGUGUACCGCUACAUGAGCGCCAACCCCGACAAGUUCCCGCCUGACGUCAUUGACAACGUGCGCAACUACCACAUGCGCGAGGGCAACCUGCAUGACGAACUUACGGCGGCUGCCCGCGAAGAACAAGCAGCGGAGACUCGUGCGCAGCUGGCCAAGAUCGGCCAGUCGGCCGUGGCUGAGCCGAGUGCGAUGGAGAAGUGUCUAGCAGCCCUGGACGUGGUGGAAGGCAGUGCCACCCCCGCCAGGCCGCCUACGCCGCCGCAGACCACGGAGCGCAUAUCCUACGACGAAUCCUUGCGCAUAGCCAGGACCAGCAAAGCAUCUGCCGACGACGUGUUGCCACUGAAAGGCAUAUUGAAGUCGGGGGCGCCUCGCGACGACCACCAGAAGGUAGUAUGCUUCAGUGGCCCGGAGAUCGCCACGAAGAAGCAAGAGAAGCCCAAGUAUGCGGUGUACCCGCCGGGUGAGCAGCCUCCCUACGACGAAGAUCCCGACUUCUGCGACCGCUAUAGAGAUCCGGGUGCAAAGGAGCGCGCAGAAAGACGCGCGAAGGAUGAGUGCGCGUAUGACAUCGUUCCCCCCACCGUACACCACGGCGGUAGCAAUUACGAGCCGGACCCGGACAAACAGAAACAACACUUCCCCGGAUACCUCGGAACUUAUGGCGUGGAUUGCAAGGAGGUUCCAGAAUACAUGCGUCUCCCGUCAGACGCAUAUGAAAAGGUCAAGCAUUUGCGGAAGGAGGUGCCGGACAUCUCGCCGGCCGCUGUCCGGGUGGCGGAGCACCCGCGAGAGCCUCCGCCCCCGGUGGACACGUGCGUGAACCCGCCGCCAGCGGCCACGGGCCCCUGCGCCCCCAGGAAGGAGGAAGACGUGGCCUUCGCGUGCCCUCAUGUUGAGCCCAUCCUUCCCUGCUGUGACCCCGAAACAAGAGACACUAAAUUGUAGGACGAUAAGUUAGACCAAAAUUUUAGUGCCUAGGAUGUUUAAUAGUUCAAAAUUUUGACAAGGUUUUUGUGCCUGCACUUGCAAGCUCUAUUGUCUCUUUGUAGACACUUCUUGCAGAAAACCAACGACAGUUAGUCCUUUAUUAGAAAUCGUAAAAUGUUAAUGAAAUAAAACUGAAUUUAUGACACGAUUAGAUACUUUGUGUAUAUCAGGAUCGCGGGUGUAUUUCUCAGAUCAGCCUAAAUAUAUUGCAGUUAUUUGGUACCUUCUGUGUACUUUUACGUACCUCUCCUGAAAAUCUGUGUACCUACGUCCAUACAAUGAUAUUUUGAAUAUUAGGUACACCCGCCAUCAUGAUGUCAGAACCGCGGGUGUACUGUUAACCAAUAUAUGUACCUUAGUACACUGUUUAACUACAGUUGGUACCUUUUGUGUACCUCAAGAAACAAGUAUUAAACAAAUAAAAUACGGUAUACUUUCUGAGAAAUUCCAAAAAAAACUUUUUUUUUGCACUGUGAUUGUGCAAUCAAUACAAAAGUACCUACCUCAAUUUUUUUUCUGAUUCGAUUCCCAGUAAGCCACAUUUGUGCCUACAUGUUUAACGCGGUGUUUCUGGGUUCGAAUCCUGGUAUAGCCAAAAAAUAGUAUACAUACAAUGUUGAGGCUCUGGGUUCGAUUCCCGGUAAGGACAUAAUAGUAGAUGUUUAAUGUGGAGGUUCUGGGUUCGAAUCCCGGGAUGGGCAUAGUAGUAUAUGUUUAAUGUGAAGGUUCUGGGUUCGAUUACUGUUUUUUUUAAGUAAAAUAGUAACGACGUAAAAGAGAAAAAAAUGUUUUUUUGAAAUUUCUCAGAAAGUAUACCGUAUUUUAUUGGUUUAAUACUUGUUUCUUGAGGUACACAAAAGGUACCAAAUGUAGUUAAACAGUGUACUAAGGUACAUAUAUUGGUUAACAGUACACCCGCGGUUCUGACAUCAUGAUGGCGGGUGUACCUAAUAUUCAAAAUAUCAUUGUAUGGACGUAGGUACACAGAUUUUCAGGAGAGGUACGUAAAAGUACACAGAAGGUACCAAAUAACUGCAAUAUAUUUAGGCUGAUCUGAGAAAUACACCCGCGAUCCUGAUAUACACAAUAAUGAAUACUUAAGUUUGAAUCUCGUACCUACGCUCAAAUAAAAGCUAUUAAAAAGCGUUUAUUAUUUAUAUGAAUAACUUUGAACUGUUCAAACUUUAAACUUUAGAAUUUGAUACUUAGGUACCAACUUUAUAAAUUACUUAUUAAAAUAAUAUAGGUAGGUAAUGACUACACGACUUAACAGGGUUUUCGGAAAUGUGGUUUUUAUUGCAGGUAGCAAAAUUUAUUAUUACUAUAAAUAAAAAUAUUCAUUUUCCAA